AUGUACAGACAUUCGGCCCAAGUCAACUUAAUACCCAAAAAUGCUCCUCCUUCACCCGACAACACCAGUGACUCUGAGUCCGACAUACUCGACGUCCUGGACCGAAAGAGAAGGCAACUAGACGAGGAAAUCACGAGAUUCAAGGCGGCUAAAGACCGCGAGUUUCGUGAAUUCGAGAAGGAGUUGCGCCUCAAUCGGAAAAAGUCUCGAGGCGCACACAAGGACUCGGAAUUUUGCCCCUCGAGCAAAUCACCCUCGUCGUCAUCCACCGGUGCUACAGUCCUGACGCUGCUGUCCUCUUCCCAGAAUGGCCCUGCAAACGGAUUGGUGGGGCAUAAGCCGAUCAGAGCGGGAGACGCUGUGGGAGACAAGAUACUCAGAUCGGCGCCGCUGAGUAAACCGACGCUGUCACUCGACAAAUUGAACGUCGCCGGCGAAACCCUGCCACGCGUGAACGGCCUAGCCACACCUCCCACCGCGUCGUCACUGACUAGAACAAAUUUGCGCUCUCCUUCACCUGCCUCGACAAACACAACCCCCCCACGGUCACAGACCGAAAGAUACCCGCCGCCCCCUACACCGACGAGCGAUCGGACGGACAGUUUUGCCGGCGUCUUCACCCCCGCCUAUCUCCCUCUGCUCGAGUCCCGUGACCGGCCCCCAUUUGCCCGCAGUGCAAAGCCAAUGACCUCCCCUGAAGAGGAGAAGGAACGACUCCGACACCUCGACACCGGCAGUCCAAAGGAAGCCGAAACACAGAAAUUACGGUUAGAAUCUUCUCAGUCCCUUCCCCCAGAUGCCAUCUCACCCUCGAUUGUCGCCACCACCAAGAGAACGAAAUCUGCGGGUCAGUUGCCCAGCACCAGCCUACCGAGUGCGUUGAGAUCGUCCAAAAGCGGGGCGAGGAAGGGAAAGCGUGUCCACUUUCAACUGGCCGAUUUCACGGUUGUCGAGCCGAGCAGCAGUUAUGAAGAGAAUUCAAGUCCAGGUCUAAGUCCCGAGAAGCAGGAGAUCUCCGACCGGGCCGCCAGAAUUGGCGAGCAAGAGCAUUCUCACAGUAAGCAGAGCACCGUUGGGUCAAGAAGGAAAGGUAGUCCGAAACACCUACAGUUGCCGAGCGGGAGAGAGAAACGACGAGGUCGAGGAGGUCGUUUCAUUUCACCGAACCCCUCUCCGCUGCACAGUCCGUCACCGUCCCCAACCAUCGAGGGAACUUCAGGUUCCCCUGCCGUAUCCCCUGAGGAAUCGGGAUUUACGGGCGGUCUUGCCCAGGCCGACGAUGGAGGCAGCGGGGUGGGAUUUUUCGAACUCGACGAGGAACUGGCCAGCCCCGGAUUGCGCGAGAAGCCUCUGGAGCAGGAACUCGAGGUUGACCCGCUCCCUGAGGAAGCGGUCGCGGAUGAAAAAGCCGACGGUGAGGUCGGCCUAAGCAGCAGUUUCGCGGCGGGCAGUCUGCCGAUUGACAUUGUCAGGCCCUCUGGGAGUUGGAUUGGCAGUUUUGGACAUUGA